UUUAGAUUGGCAUGACAGUGUAAUCUGUUAUUAGUCGAUGUAACCUCGGCCAAAUAUGAUUUAGGCAAUGUUAGCUCGGCUCUAUAGCAUGGUAUCCUCGCAAGGAGUGACGGGUAGCCCUUGUUUGAAAGAAUCAAAAUGGCGGCACGUUUUCCAGCGUCAAUGCAGAUGCAAAAGAUGGCAAAUAUGCCUCAACAGGGAGGCGCCUUCCCGCGGCCACAGUUCCAACAGCCGACUUAUGGGUUACAGCAAAGACCAGCUGGUGUGCCUGGCCAAAUACCGAUGAAGAUGCAGAGUGCUGGAGGUCACCCCUAUGCCCCUAAUGUACCCAGGGCGGGGCUAGCGCCAGGGCCAGCAGCAGCAUUAGACCAGGCACGUAAACGCCAGGAUAUCAAGUCACGAAGCAGAAGCAGAAAGAAGAAAAUGGCAGACAAGGUCCUCCCUCAGAGGGUAAGAGAUUUAGUCCCUGAGUCACAAGCCUACAUGGAUCUCCUGGCAUUUGAGCGUAAAUUAGAUGCAACAAUCAUGCGCAAAAGAAUGGAUAUCCAAGAAGCUCUGAAAAGACCUAUAAAGACAAAAAAGAAGCUAAGGGUUCACCUCACAACCAGCUUCCAGACUCCAAAGCCUGACGCAGAGGAUGGAGAGGCUUUGGUGCCAUCAUGGGAGUUACGAGUUGAGGGAAGGAUCCUUGAAGAUCCAUCAAAUAAAAGUGAGCCUCAGAGAAAGAGGAAGUUCUCCACCUAUUUUAAAAGCCUCGUCAUUGAGCUUGACAGAGAGUUGUAUGGCCCUGAUAAUCAUCUUGUUGAAUGGCACCGCACAAGUAAUACCCAAGAGACAGAUGGCUUUCAAGUCAAAAGGCCUGGAGAAGAAAAUGUCAAAUGUACCAUCAUGUUCCUGUUAGAUUACCAGCCGCCACAGUACAAGCUUGAGCCUAGGCUUGCGCGACUACUAGGGAUCCAUACCCAAACUCGCCCUGUUAUUGUCAAUGCCAUCUGGCAGUAUAUAAAGAGCCACAACCUGCAAGACUCCCAUGAGAGAGAAUAUAUCAACAAUGACCGUUACUUCCAACAGAUCUUUGAAUGCCCACAGAUGAAGUUCAGUGAGAUUCCACAGCGACUCAAUCAGCUUCUUGUCCCCCCUGAUCCUAUUGUUAUUCACCAUCUUAUAAGUAAAGACACCCCUGAAAACAAGCGAGUCACCUGCUAUGACAUAGAUGUGGAAGUGGAUGACACAUUGAAGGCUCAAAUGCAUUCAUUCCUUCUUUCGACGGCCAGCCAGAAUGAAAUUGCAACUUACGACAACAAGAUUUAUGAGACCGUUGAGACUAUCAACAGCCUGAAGAUCAACAGGGAGUUCUUCCUUGGUUUUGCACGUGAUCCACAGGAUUUCAUAACUCAGUGGAUCCAAUCCCAGUCACAAGACCUAAAAGUGAUGACGGACGUCGUGGGGAACCCUGAGGAAGAGAGGAGAGCUGACUUCUACUACCUGCCCUGGUCCCAGGAAGCUGUCUGUCGCUACUUCUAUAGCAAGGUGCAGCAAAAGCGAGCAGAGCUGGAGCAAGCUCUUGGAAUACGCGGCACUUAAAAUACACAGUCGAGGAGAACUCACUACAUAGCCACGACCGUUGCUAUACGAUGCUCCAGAAGGACGAUGGGAUUUAGCUAGGCCCUUCCCCCAAGCAAUAAUGAGGCUUGAAAUCUUUAGAGACUAUCAGUUUUAUACUAUGCUCCCAGUUUAGUCUUGAUGUGGUCAUCAACGACAAGUGCUGGUCAAAGGCUAUUACACAUACACCUUGUUAUUAUAUUAAAGAAUGUCAGUCAGGCCUUUCGCAUACACCUUGUUAUUAUAUUAAAGAAUGUCAGUCAGGC